AUGGCAUCCCGACUUUCUAGCAAAUCAUCGCCAAUCGUGAUCGUGGGCGCUGGUAUCUUUGGCUUAAGCACAGCCAUCCACCUCGCAGAACGCGGCUACAAGAACAUAAAAAUCAUCGACAAGCAAGCAUAUCAUGAAUCGCAUUAUUCCUUCGACAAAGGCUGCGAUGCUGCCUCAGCAGACAUCAACAAGAUAAUCCGCACGGCCUACGGCUCCGAGAUAUGGUACCAAGAGCUUGCACUCGAUGCCGUCGACAAAUGGAAGAAAUGGAACAACGAGAUAAGAACGGGAAAGACACUUCCUCCCGGAUUUUCUACCAAUGAUGCACUCUUCGCCAAUAACGGGACCCUCACGAUCACCUCGGAUAUGUCACUACCACAGUUCGAGAAAGAAACCAUUCAAAACAUGACGAACGCAGGUCUCGGAAACACGCAGAUCAAUCUGAGUCAUCUGGACGAGGUAGCUCGCGCGAGGAACAACGGCUUCGGUUUCGCUGUGGACGCUUUCAACCUGAAAGAUAACCUUGCCUUACUUGACACUCAUGCGGGUUUCGCGUACGCGGACAAGGCCUGUCGUUUCGCGCUAUACAAGGCAGAAAGCUUAGGCGUGCAAGUCAUUCUCGGAGGCAAGGAGGGCACAUUCUCAAGCUUUCUCGAGGCUGCAGAUUCACAUAUCACCGGGGUGCGCACGGCCGACGGUGUCUCACACUCUGCCGAGUUGACCAUCAUGGCCUGUGGCGGAUGGACUCCAUCGCUUGUCACCCAACUGGAUCAUCUCUGCGAGACGACGGCCGGAAGCGUCGCCCUGUUCCAGCUAUCGCCUAACAAAGCUCUCUGGGAUCGAUUUGCCCCCGAGAACUUUCCCACCUGGUCAUAUAACCUUCGACAUGGUAAAAACGGCGGUCUAUACGGCUUCGCCCGGGAUCCUCACGGCGUCGUGAAGAUGGGAUACCGGGGUACAAAAUUCAUCAACCCCCAACCACAAGCCGACGGUGCGACCAGAAGUGUCCCCAAGACACGAUGGACGGAGGAAUCCAUCCGCCAGAUCCCAGUCACGGCAGCGCGGGUGUUCAAGGGUUUUGUGCAAGAGUUCCUACCGGAGUUGAUGCAAUGUGAGAUGAAGACCAGGUUAUGCUGGUACACCGAUUCAUACGACAAUCAGUUCGUCAUUGACUUUGUGCCUGGCAAGGAAGGGCUGAUGGUUGCGACGGGAGGCAGCGGCCAUGGGUUCAAGUUUCUUCCGAAUAUUGGGGAGCAUGUGGUGGAUCGGAUCGAGGGGAAAGAGAAUGGUUAUCUUCCGUUGUGGAAGUGGAGGAAGUUGAGUGAUGGGGAGAAGCCUUUUAAUCAUAUCAUGCAAGGCAUGGGUAGUGAACGGUCACUGCAGCGUCAGACCUUGACGGCGGAAGAUGAUCUCUCAGAGAAGCCUAGUCGAUUGUGA